UCUCUUUUGAUCGUCUCUUUUUCUCGGAGGUCGGCAUUCAUGGCGUCCUCCCAGAGCUUCCCCUCCGGGGUCCCUCGCCCCCGCCCCACCUCCUUCCCCCCUAACCCUAACCCUAUUCCCCCUCCUCCCCCCUUCGCCUCUGCUUCCCUCCCCGAUGCCAUGCAAAACCUCCAGAUAGCCGGCCCCCGUGGCCCUCCUCCCUCCCCAUCAGCCCGUCCUGGUCCUCCUCCUCAAACCAUCCCCGGUCGCCCGGCAGUGCCGCCCCAGCCCUCCUUAGCCUCCCGCCCGCUGCCGCCGCCGCCGCCGCCGCCGCUGCCUUCCCCCCUGACCACCACCAACGGCCCUCCGGAAUUCGGCCCUGGUGCUCCGCGGCUCCCCUUGGGACCUCCUGCCACACCACCGGUUCCCCAGGGCGCGCCGCCGUUCUCUGCUAGCCUGUCUGCCGGGCUGCCGAUGGGAGUUCCUUAUGGGGCUCCGCCAACAUCGUUGCACCCGCGUGGGGGACCUCCUCCAUCUUCUCAGCCGUUUGGGGGGCUUCCGGCAUCUUCACAGCCUUAUGGUGUUCCACCCACUGGCCCCCAACUUUACGGGUCAACACCUUCGCAGCAGUUUGCUGGCCUGCCACAGCCCUUCACUGCUCCUCCGGCAACCAGCCCUCCUUUUGGGCCCCCGAUGUGGCUGACUCAACCGGCGGGUGCCCCUCUGACAUCUGGUCCUAUGCAAACACCACCGGGAAUGUUAGGCGUGCCUCCGCACACAACAAGCCAGCAGUUACCACCGGCCCUUCCAGUGAUGAACCUCAUGCCUCUAGCUGGUGCACAGGUCUCUACACCAUCAAAGAUAGAUCCUAAUCAAAUCCCACGCCCUAUGCCUAGCUCCUCGGUGGUGUUCUUCGAGACCUAUCUUGGCAAUCAAGUAACCAUUCCCCCGCCUGCAACAAAUGAGUGUAUUGUCCGAGACACUGGCAAUUGCAGCCCUCGUCUUAUGAGAUGCACCAUGAAUCAGAUCCCAUGCACGGGAGAUCUUUUGUCAACAUCAAGCAUGCCCUUAGCUUUGAUGAUUCAACCCUUAGCAUUGCCACAUCCAGAAGAGGAGCCUAUCCAAGUUGUGGAUUUUGGGGAAAGUGGACCUCUAAGAUGUUCUCGUUGCAAAGCUUACAUCAAUCCUUUCAUGAGAUUUAUUGACCAAGGAAGGCAGUUUAUUUGCAACUUAUGUGGAUUCACGAAUGAGACUCCUCGGGAUUAUUACUGUAAUCUAGGCCCGGAUGGUAGACGCCGUGAUGUCGAUGAAAGAGCUGAACUGUGCCGGGGAACAGUUGAAUUUGUUGCUACUAAAGAAUACAUGGUUCGUGAUCCAAUGCCUGCUGUAUUUUUCUUUCUCAUUGAUGUCUCAAUGAAUGCCAUUCAGACUGGGGCAACAGCAGCUACUUGCAGUGCGAUUAACCAAGCUAUUGUUGAUCUUCCAGAAGGCCCUCGAACAAUGGUGGGUGUUGCAACUUUUGAUUCUACAAUUCAUUUCUACAAUCUCAAACAUUCUUCACAACAGCCUCUCAUGCUUAUUGUUCCUGACAUACAAGAUGUUUAUACCCCCCUCCAUACAGAUCUAAUUGUUGCACUUUCUGAGUGCCGCCAGCAUCUGGAACUGCUUCUAAACAGUAUUCCUUCCAUGUUUGAAAAAAAUGCUGUUGCUGAGUCUGCAUUUGGUGCUGCAAUCAAAGCUGCUUGUUUAGCAAUGAAGCCUACUGGUGGAAAGCUUCUGGUGUUUCAAUCAGUUUUGCCAUCAGCUGGAGUUGGGUCUCUCUCUUCACGAGAAGCUGAAGGAAGAACAAAUGUUUCUUCUGGGGAUAAGGACGUACAUAAACUUCUCCAGCCUGCAGACAAGACUUUUAAAACAAUGGCCAUUGAGUUUGCCGAAUUUCAAGUUUGUGUGGAUAUAUUCCUUACAACCCAGUCUUUUGUAGACAUUGCUUCUAUAUCUGUUGUUCCACGAACUACCGGAGGGCAGGUAUAUUAUUACUAUCCAUUUUCUGCUCUUUCUGAUUCUGGCAAGCUAUACAAUGACCUUAGGUGGAACAUCAGUAGGCCCCAAGGCUUUGAGGCUGUGAUGCGUGUAAGAUGCAGUGAGGGUCUUCAAAUACAAGAAUACUCUGGAAAUUUUUGUAAGCGCCUUCCAACUGAUGUUGAUCUUCCUGGGAUCGAUUCUGACAAGACCAUUAUGGUGACUUUCAAACAGGAUGAUAAAUUUCAGGAAGGUGCAGAAUGUGCAUUUCAGUGUGCUCUUCUGUACACUACAGUGUAUGGGCAAAGAAGAAUUCGAGUUCUGAAUCUGUCAUUUCCGUGCACAAAUGUGCUCAGCAACCUUUUUCGUUCUGCUGAUUUGGAUGCUCAAUUUGCUUACUUGUUGAAACAAGCUGCCAGUGGCAUCCCUACUAGUCCCCUUCCUCAAGUCCAAGAGCAAAUUACAAAUACUUGCGUUAACAGUCUGCAUUCUUAUCGUAAAUUUUGUGCUACUGUGUCACCUUCUGGGCAGCUAAUUCUUCCUGAAACUCUCAAGCUCUUGCCUCUUUAUACACUUGCAUUGACUAAAAGCAUUGGUUUACGCCAUGAUGGCCGAUUGGAUGAUCGAUCUUAUUGGGCCUGUCAUGUGGCAUCACUUCCCAUUUCAUUGGUUGUUCCUUUGGUGUAUCCUAGAAUGAUAGCUAUACAUGAUCUCACAUUGAAGGAUGAAGAUGAAGAUGAAGAUGAGAAUAAGUCUCUUGUCUCCUGUGUCAUUCCUCUUUCUAGUGAACAUGUAACUGAUGAUGGAAUUUAUCUGUUAGAGAAUGGGGAGGAUGCCUUGCUUUACGUAGGAAAUACUGUGAAUCCAGAUAUUCUCCAGCAGUUAUUUGGGGUUUCAACUGCAGAUGUGAUUCCUACACAGUUGAUACUGCAGCAAUAUGACAAUAAUCCUUCAAGGAGAUUAAACAAUUUAGUCAACGCAAUAAGACGUCAGAGAUGUUCAUAUCUCCGUUUACGGCUUUGCAGAAAAGGUGAUCCAACAGGAAUGCUUUUCUUUUCUUACAUGGUGGAGGACAAGGCUGCCAGUCCCGGCAGUCGUUCAUAUAUCGAGUUUCUUGUGCAUGUCCACCAUCAAAUCCAAAAUAAAAUGACAUAAGCACACAUGACCCAGCUUCCAGA